UAUCUCCGAAAACCAAUGUUUUAGUUUUCAUACGCUAAACUUAAACUUAAUCUUGUCUAGAGUUGAUAUAAGCUGUGUCACAUGGCGGUAUAGAAUAAUACUAUGCAGAAUGGAGACUUGUGAUCACCACUCAGGCCUUUCUCUCGAAGCUUUGGAUUUGUCAGAUUGUGAUGAGAGAUGUCGACGUUUUCUAGCUGCGAGAGCUCCAAAACUGAAGUGGGCUGUAAUGACAUUAGAGAGAUUAUCUGAAGAAUGCAAAUCAAUGACAGAUCGUAAUGAUGUCGAGUUCGACUUACCUCGGUUGCGGCCUUUUUUGAAGAAUUUAUCAACGAAUUUGCCGCUUGAAAUCGAUUGUGUAAGUUUAUUAACGAAGGCAAAAUAUGCAUUUUUCAGGAAAAGACUGCUAGCUAUUCUGAAAGACAGUAUGUUCAGAGAUUAUGCGUCUUUUCUGAAAUGUCAGUUGGAUAUGUGCACCAGUGUCAAAGAAGUUGAAAACUGGCUGCGGAAAUUCCUAAAAGUGUGUGAGAUCAUUCCAAGACCAUUACAGAUUUCUGGCGAAGAUGUUCAGCAGUACGAAUUUAUGGCAGAAUUGUUAGAGUUUUGCUAUAAUGUAGAUAUUCAGGACAGUCUUCUAGUUACAUCCAUGGUUAGAAUAACUGUAGACUGGUACAUCAUGGAUUCUACAGAUACAAGGCAUGUACGACAACCAUUUUAUAAAGAAGGCUUUUUAAGAUAUAUCUUGGAACACAGCAUAGAUGCCAGAUUUGACUUAAUUUCAUACUGUUCUAAGCAUCCCAGAACUCUAUGGGAGUAUUCAAAAAACUUCUCGGUAUUAAAUGCAGUUGCCUUUGGAAAUGUAGACCGAACGCUGAUACUUUUGCAGCAUGGAUUGGAAAUCUUCACUGCGAGGGACAUCGAAAAAAGUGGACAUGGUUUUCCAAAUCUACCACAAAUCAUCCCUGAGCGACAUCUCCUGGUUUUACAAAUGAUGUGCAGUAUGAACUGCGUAAAUCUUUUCUUUCUGAAUAUUAGUCAGUCAGCUAACAUCCAACUGUGUUCUGUGACGCAAGCUCAGAGGAGAUGCUUCGAACUUUUGUGGAGAGCUAUACCAGACCCGUACGUAAAAUUCAAAGAAAUAGCAGCCUCCAUUUUUGAAGAAUAUUACUUUUUGAUUCAACACUCCGUUAUGAACAGUGUGCGCUACGAGAAGAAUCGCAAGUAUUUGUGCAUGUACGAACUUUGUUUCAAAGACAUGGCCACCGGGACUAAAGAACCGAGGACUUUGAAACAUCUGUGCAGGUGCAGAGUCAGAAAAAGCCUGAAACAAGCAUGGAAUCUUCCAUCAGGAUUGUCCCAGCUGGGAUUACCAAAGGUUCUCCAAGAUUAUCUCAAUCUUGAAUAUGACUAAACAAAUAACUAUCUUUGGUCUUUUUGGUGUACAUAUCUUUCACCUACCUGGAAUGUUUUUGUAUCAAAGACGUAUAAGAUCUCAGUAUUUAUUUAAAGCACUUUUAAGACCGAUAUUUGUAAAAUAAAAGUCUUCAAACUUGAUAUUUAUAAAAUAAAAGUCUUCAA